CCUCCCUGGGCAGAGGCGCGGUGCCGCGUUCCGCCCGCGUCGGGCUUCCUGAGCGGUGGCGCGAGGCAGUGACGGUCCCUGAGCUCGUGGCAGGAUGGAGGCGCGCCGGGGACGGCGCGGGCCCGGGGCCCCACAGGCCGGGACUAACGGGCUGCCGAAGCACUCGUACUGGCUGGACCUGUGGCUCUUCGUGCUCCUGGACGUGCUGCUCUUCCUCUUCGUGUACCUCCUGCCCUGAUGGGUUUGCUGACAUCCCAAGAUCACUGGACUGUGGAGUGAAUUCUGAAAAUGAACUACAGUCUUCUUGAACAAAGAAGAUGGGAUUGUGCAGAAUUUCAAGUCUCCAAGGGAUCUUCCUUUCUUUUUACAUAUUCUUCUAACUCAUUUGGGGAACUACUAAAUGAAUAGUGAUCUCAUUCAUAGCCAAGUUCUUAAAACUAAAUUCAGUGUUUCACAUUUAAACUCUUUUCAAACACCUGAUGUCUUUAUACGGGCUAGUGUAGAAGUAAAAUUUGUACUUCAAAGCUUAGCAUAUUCACCAAGAAGACAGUAAUGUCUUUACUGUUGUAAGGGUUGGUCUGGGUUUAAUUCAGUCACAUGAGGGGGUGUGUAACUAGGUGAGGUGAGGUAGUUGUAAAUUCCAAAGUUAUUCAGGAGAGAGAAAAGGAUUGGUGUUCUGAGAUUGUGUAGAGGCUGUCACUAACACAAUAGAGUCCACAUAUUGGCUCUACACAUGCUUAGUUUUUAAAUGGUCUUUUCGUGACCUUUGAAAUGCCCGUGGGUGAGGAUCACAAAGGAGAUGGCAUUAGAUAGUGGAAAGCCCGCCUGUACCCUGAAAUAGGAAUGUUUCAAGCCUGUUUUUUUUUAAUUAUUGUAUAAGGUAUGCUUGUGUCCAAAACAUUUGCUUUCAUAAUGCUUGUAACUUACUUGAAUACCUCUGCUGACAGUGUGAUAUUUACUCAUCCUACAGAGCCCUCCUCUUUGGCCACAGCAUUUUAAACAUAGCUGUAGGCCAGGCAGAAAUUCUUUCCUUUGUAGAGAUUGUUCUGUCUUUGCUGUUCUUUUUAAAAAUCUAAUUGGUAUUAAACUCAAAUCUAAUUGUUAUUUAAAUCCAAUUAUUUUACUGAUCUGGGGUGCUCAGCGGGCAUUUCAUCAGAAAGAUCACAGAUCAUGGGAUUUGGCAGAUGUGAACUGUGUGAAGUAGUCCCCUCCCUGUGAUCAAGGCGUAAGAUCCAGGGAAUUCUGCAUCCUCUGCCUUUCAGAAGGGUGCUCAGGGUCAGGCCUGGAGUUGCCCUUGGAUGAUCAGUUGGCCUGGUGACUCUUAGUUAUGCCUUCAGGGUAUUGUUGCUCUGCACAGAGAGCAUUCUGUGGAAGGUGUGGUUGAAGCAUCAGGAGGAACAAAAAAGGAGAUUGUACUGAGUGUAAUAAAUGAUUAUGACCUGC